AUGGCAUCCAAAGACGAUGGCUUCGCGCGGGUGCACCUCCAGUUUCUGGAUAUGUUCAUCGCUUCUGGCUUCAAAAGCUUGAGGAAGAUGGAGGAGCUUCGUGGAACCUCAGAGGGCGGCCUGGUGGGCCUUGGGGAGAAGGCGAAACUCCUUUUGGGCGCUGCGGUGGCGGAGACUUCUUUGCUCAGUGCGCUCUACUGGAUCACCUGUGCCUACACACUGCUUGGGCAUGUGAUCGAGCCCGAGAUGCGUCAACAAAUUCUUGACUUUGCGGGAAGAUGCCGCUGUCGAAGCACACCCGGGGCGUUCGCACCACAUCCAGCGCAUCAAGCAGACCUGCUGAACACAGUGAGUGCAGUGCAAGUGGCUGUUCUGCUGGACAAGCCCGGAAUUUUGGGCGACCUCUCAGAGGUCUCACACUACGUUCGCUCGUUACAGCUACCAGAUGGAUCCUUCGCGAACCGCAGUGGCUCCAACGAGGGCGACUGCCGUUUCACCUUUGCGGCGCUGUGUGCGCUGAAGCUCUUAGCCAGACUCGAGAACAACGACCGCAAGGAAUCUCUCGACACUCGGUGCUUGAAGCGGAGCGAUGUGCCAAGCACCGUGCCGCGGUGUUUCGGCGUUUUGGAAGGUGCACAGAAGAAUUCAGAACGGAGUGAGGAUUGUGGUUUUGACUCAGCCGAAGACACAAUCGUGUCGAUCUUGUUUGAUAGAUAG